AUGCAAAGCGAGUACCUGUCGGCGUGGGACCGGCGGCGCGAGUACGUGUCGGGCUUCUCCGGCAGCAACGGCGUGGCGGUGGUGACGGCGACGCGCGCCGCCCUCUGGACGGACGGCCGCUACGUGCUGCAAGCGGACGACCAGCUGGACUGCCACUGGGCGCUCAUGGAGCACGAGAGCAUGGCCGACUGGCUGCGCCUCGAGCUGCCCGAGAACGCCAGCGCCAAGAACCUUACUACUCCCUGGAGUGCCAUGGGAAAGAAAAAAAGUGCAGUUGGAAUCAAUUUGAAAGAAGUAUCAAAAAAUUUGGUGGACAUUAUUUGGACAUCAGAAAGACCAAAAUUUGAUUCAUUUAAAGCAUUUGUACAUAAUGAAUCGUUUUCAGGCAUGGCUUGGACACGAAAAGUUGAGUUAGUCAGAGAGGUUUUGAGAUCGUUGGAUGCAAACGCGAUGGUAGUAACAUCAUUGGAAGAAGUGGCGUGGCUCUUCAAUAUUAGAGGUUAUGACAUAGAGUACAUGCCAGUUGUAAGGGCGUAUGCUAUUCUAAGUAUGAAAGAAAUAUACCUAUUUAUUAAUGAGUCUAAACUCCCUUACCAUGUUAAAAGACAUCUACGUACAAACAAUUGCUUCAAUGAGCUCUGUGUUAGAUUAAGAACUUACGAAAAUAUUUUGAAGGAUAUUAGAACUUUCUGUCAACAAUGGACCAAGGUUUUACUGCCAGCUCCGUGCGUUUACGAUCAGGGCGUCAGUCGUGCAGUGUACACUGCAGUCCAUCCACCAAAGAAACGUUUUCUGCAUAUAUCACCAAUCUUGCUUCUCAAAGCGAAGAAAAACAACGUUGAAAGUUACGGGAUGAGAGCUGCUCACAUACGUGACGCUGUUGCUUUUUGUGAUUUUAUGGCAUAUUUUGAGAAAAAGGUUUCAUGUGGCUUGCAGCUAGAAGAAGGUGUAAUAUGGACAGAAAUGACGGCCGCGAAAGAAAUCGACAGAUUUCGUGGCGAGCAACGACAUUCGAAAGGACCUAGUUUUACUACAAUUGCUGGAUAUGGACCCAAUGGAGCAUUGCCGCAUUACGUUCCAACAGAAGCUACAAAUUUAGUGAUCGGCAACAAAAGUACAUUCGUAUUAGAUUCAGGAGGACAAUACUUAGAUGGAACUACAGAUGUUACCCGCACUUUACAUUUUGGAACGCCCACAGACUUUCAGAAAGAAGUGUAUACACGUGUACUCAUGGGAUCUAUACAAUUGGCAGCAUUGGUAUUCCCUGUCAAUGUUAAAAUGACAGAUGUGGAUGUAUUGGCAAGAGGACCUUUAUGGGAAGCUGGGUUGGAUUAUGAUCAUGGUACCGGUCAUGGUAUUGGAUCAUUCCUCGGUGUUCAUGAAUCUCCAAUCAAUAUUUUAUAUGAUGGAGGAAAUUUUACUUUCCAAAAAGGAUAUUUCUUCUCUGAUGGUAAGAUAUAUUCUUCAGAUAUAAAAUGUACACAUUUUGAGAAUUUUUUAAAUGAAGACAAAUUGAAACAUAUUGAUUGCAUUUGUUUAGAACCUGGUUAUUAUGAAGAAGGACAGUUUGGUGUACGACUGGAGAAUAUUUUAGAAGUAGAAGAGCGCCCAACUAAGCAUAACCGUGGAGAAAUAUUUUAUGGUUUCCGCCCAGUGACACUUAUUCCAUAUGAGCCAAAAUUAAUGAAUACUGCUUUAUUAAGUAAAGAUCAAAGAGAUUGGUUGAAUUACUACAACAGUCAGAUACGCCUGAAAGUUGGAGCAGAACUUAAGAGACAAAGAAGAAUGAGGGGAUUUCAUUGGAUGAUGUCAAAAACAGGUUACAUUCCAAAUCAUUGUUCUAGUGCCAGAAAAAUAUUUGACUUUAAUUACUCAUAUCUUUUAUUAUCAAUAUUGGUGUAUUUUGGGCAUGUUUAAACAAAACAACUUGCAGUGUCAGUUGCCAUAAUGAAUAGCAUUUUCUUAAAUUUCAUUUUUUCUCAGUGGUCUCUCAUUUAUGUUAUUAAACAUUCAUUUCAAAAUCCCAAGAAAAAUAUAUGAAAAAUCCACAAUGGAUGCCUACAUGAUCUACACAUAUUUUCUUUCUUUUCUUUUUACUUGUGAAUUACAUUUAUACAUUUACAUCAUGAAUGUAUUAAAUAUUUUUAGACUCUGUGAUGAGGUUAAUAGCCAUUUUGUGUAUAAUGUCAAAGUAUGUAUGUGUUACUGUUCUCAUUAUAAUUUUUUAAAGUAUUAUUGAGUACACCAGGAGUUAACAAGCUUAUGUUCACUCAUUUGAUGAAAACGACCAGCUGAUUAAAACUUUGAUUUUUUGUGUAAUUUUUUGUUAUUUGGCAUAUAUGUGCCUUAAUUCUGUGCUUAAACAUAUGAAAGCUUUUCAGCUUUGAAGUGCACUUUAUCUACAAGUACUGUACAUUAUAAGAAUUAAUCAAUUAAUCAAUCAAUAGUGUAAUCAUAUUUACACAAGUUUCUGCUUCUUAUUUCAAAUAGGAAAUUAAUUUAUUUGGAAGUGUUUUAUUUUCAUUAUCCUUCAUACAUCUGAUGAACCGAAGUUCAUAUGCAGUAAUCAUACAUUAAAAAUUAUCAUUAUCGAAUAACAUUACAUGACUCAACACUUGUGAAAGAAGCACUAAGAAAUAAAAUGUGACAAGAACUUAUUAGAAAACAGAAAUUAAAUGUUAAAGGUUAUUCAUUAUAUUAAAUUCAUAGCAUUAUUCUUACAGACAAUUUUUGCACCUCUGUCUAGAACAAUUUGGAGAGCCAAAAUAAUUAAUUUUUGUUUUCUUAAAGACAUUUCACAGAGAUAAUUUUAACUUUUUUUUUUUUUUUAAGUUAAAUGCCCUUUAUUCUCUUAGAAUAAAGAGAGAAGUUUUUUGAGAAAAUACACAAACAUUGAUAUGGAUCCAUCAGCAUUAGCAUUAUUAGAAAAAGUAAAUUGAAAACAUGAAUGAAUUAUGUAUUUCAAUUUAAUUUUGUGUCUUUGAAUUUAAUAUUCAUGUUAUUUUGUUUAGAAGCCUAUUUUUGCAAAAAUUCAAAUUUUUGUACUUGUGGCUAUUCAAUAUUGCAAAUACACAAUGUUGUUAAUAUUAUUUACAAAAGAAAUAAAAUGUCCAUAUUAACUUUGUUUUUUCGGCCAUUCUCAAAAUUAGUGGUUACACUUCAACAAAAUUGGCAAAAUAGAGUAUUUUCAUUGUUUUAUCUCUCUACACUGCAAAUUCAGCAAUGUUUUCAUGUAGAAAACAGCAAAGGUAGAAGUUUAGAGAAAAAUUAUCAGCUUAUGAAUUCAGUAUUUUAUGAGUACGUAUAUUAGAAAUGUUGAAUGAGUUUAAAAAGAGUAAUAUUUUUAUCUUGCUGUAAAAGAUGUUUCCUUUUCACUUGCUUGAGAAGAAAACAAAAAACUAACUGCCAGUUUUACAAAAUAUUAUGUACCACAAGAGUAUUAAUUUAGUGUUAGUAUCUUCAAUUAUAUUAAUGUUCAUAAUAUUAUAGUAGAGUGAGUUUAUUUAGGAAGGUCCCAUGCACUCUCUGCAGACUGCACUGUGUCCACCACCUUGUACUCCUCUCCCAAUAUGGAGGCAUAAAUUGGCCAUACUAAUACUAGUGAGCAAAACAAGGAUGAUGGACAAGGAGAGAGUGUAGUAGCGAGUCCUCAAAAAUGAUCUUGAGCAAUCUAACUUUAUUGUCCCUGGUAUAAUUAUAAGAUUAAAUAAGAGCAUAUAUUAGUUUACCAAAGGUUUACCGUACAACACUGAAUUUAUGUAUGGCAUGCUUCAAGUUUAUAAUGAUCUUGUAAUGUCUUCCAUUCUCAUGAAUUAAUUGCUUUACAUUUUAAAAUAAUUUCAAUGAUAUUUUCAAAGAUUUAUUAUUUAUGUAGUUUUAUUGAGUUCAAAUAUGAGGAAACGUAAUAAAAUAAAAACUGUAUAUGUUGGCUGUAUUUUUUGAAAUAAUUUGCUGAUAAAAUAAAUGGUAAUGUUUACUUAAUGCACUUUCUCUGGCAUUCUUGCGUAUUUCGUCUUAUAAACUGGAGGCAAAAGUGCCCACAUACUUGCAUGAAACUAAGACCAAUAAUAAUGCCAACAAAAUACACAGAAAAUCACUAAAUUAUGAGUCUGUUUUUUGUAACUUUGAAAGUUUUCUAUCACCAGCCACAACAGGAUCAAUUUACAUUGUUCUUCUUAUUUACUUUUUACUUCAUAAAUAUUGGGCCAAUCUUCUUCCUUAAACUUUCCUGAUAAUAUAUUUUUAUGAAUAAUUUCUUACAAAUAAAUUUUUCUCUAUAAAUUUUUUUGUCAAUAUAUUACUAUGAAUAUCAUAUCGAACAUCAAUCUGUGAAAGUCACAACAAAAUACACACACAAGCAUCUUCCCACACAAUAAGAAAAUCUGAAACACAGUGAAUAUAAGGCAGCUAGAAGCAAUGGUGAACACUCAAUUAAACAAAGUUGGUGGAAAGACACAUGCGUUUGUUAAACCAUGAAGCUGGCUACCGUUUGGACAACAUACAAAAUACGUCAAGGGCAUUAAGUAAACUAUUCAAAACACUUUUGUAAAUCCAAUAUUUAAAAUCAAAAUAUUAAAUAUAAUUUUGUUAACUACCAUUCCACAAUUAUCACUGAAAUACUUAAUCAAAAUGCAGAGAACUUGGAAUCCAAUGAUUGUGUAUUACAGACAAAAUUAUACUGCCAGCAUAUUGUCAGUAAAAUAAUUUUUAAAAUGUUUAAGCAAGUGCAAAAUCAAAUGAAAAUAAUUUCUUUGUAAACGUAUCUAUGAAUUCUAGUGAAAUAAUAAGUUCAAAUUUAACACAUUAUUUUGGAUUUCUGACUAAAAUGGAUUAUCAUAUUUUUAUAAAUGUUGUAGUUAUUAAUUACAUUUUAUUAUUGUUAUUAUUGCCUUAAAUAUGAAUAAUCAAAGUGUAAUGUUUCAAGUUAAAAUUAUAAGUUACAAAAGAGAAGUAUGUGUUAUUUACAUAGUCAAUUUUGUUUUAUUAAACAUGUAUAAUAUUUUACUGUAAAUAUGGUGUAAAUUCAAUUUAUGACUUUCUAUAUAGUUAUUCAUAAAAUAUAAAAAUUGUUUACUGUUUUCUUGAAGUAUUUGUUGCUCUUUCACUUUCAACGGUUUUUGAAUUACAAAACAAAGUAUCAAUGUAAAUAUACAAUUUUUCAGUGAAAA